AUGUUGACUCGUCAAGUUGAACCCAGCCACACUUCGGAAAAUGAUACGCAUUACAAGAUGGUCGUUCAAUCAGUGUUGAAGUUUUAUGCAGAGAAAAUUUCAAAAAAAGGAAAGCCACAACCCAAUGAAUACACAAUUCUUGCUUCUUUUGUAUUAUUGGACAAAAAAGUGAAUGACCAUGUUGUUAUUACUGACAAUAAUGUUAACAUGAGAGAUGGUUUAAGCUCAUUCCUUACUAUCUGUUCAGUUGGGACUGGAACAAAAUGUAUCGGACAUGAUCUAAUUGAAAAAGACAUGGAAAAUGGUUUUCUCUUACACGAUUGUCACGCAGAAGUGAUGGCUAGAAGAGGAUUUAUGAAAUUUCUCUACUCAUUGUUGGAACAUGAAAAUUGUUGUCACAAAUAUUUUGAUUGGACUGAAGAAAAUAAGAGGUGGAAGCUGAAAGAAAAUUUUGAGUUACUAAUGAUACUUACUGAGCUACCAUGUGGAGAUUGCUCAAUAAUUCCCGAACAACCAUCAACUAUGAACAACAAAACAAGGGUGGAUACAUUUUCGAUUCAAACUGCUGAGCAUGGGGAAACGUCUCAACAAGAAUUCGACAAUGUAAUUUCAGAAACUAAAGACACAGUCUUCACAGAAAGAGCAUCAAAUUCUAGAAAUAAGGGAAGUGGAUAUAGUAUUUGUUGUUUUCUACAGAUAGAUGAAGAUACAUUUGUCAAAAAACCAAAAUACUGUGAAGAUGUGGCAAUUGGAUCGAAAGGACACAAACAAGGAAUCACGAAACGAGACGAGAAUACUCUUAAAUCUACCACAACCAUUUCCAAGUACAGUUUUUUUCAAAGUUUUUUAAAAUUGUUGAAGGAGAAGGAUUUACUUCUUGAAAAGGAUGAAACAAAAGAAACCUCACUAUUCGAACAAGUGCACCCAUCAAACACUGUUUGCCCGUUGAACAACCAAAAUGAGGAAAGAAAAUUCCAGACAUUACAAACACUCAACAGUUAUGCUCAUUUCAAAAAAGAGAGUUCUCUUCUCUAUGACAUGAAGAAGACCCAUUUCAAAAGUAUCUCUCCUUUUAAUUGUUGGGUUGAAAAAAAAGAAUGCAUUAUUCGAAAGUAA